GCCUGGGUGCGGGGUCUCCUCAGUGGGGCUCGGCCGGAGAGGAAAUAUAUCACUGCCGGAGGGAAAUAAAAUACAGCAAAGAUAAGAUGUGGUAUCUGGCAAAACUGAUAAAAGGAAUGUCCAUUGAUCAGGCUCUUGCUCAGUUGGAAUUCAGUGACAAAAAGGGAGCAAAGGUGAUCAAAGAGGUUCUGUUAGAAGCACAGGAAAUGGCUGUAAGAAAGCACAAUGUGGAAUUCAAAUCAAAUUUACACAUAGCGGAGUCGCAGACGGGCAGGGGCCGCUAUGUGAAGCGGAUGCGGUACCACGGCAAGGGCAUGUUUGGCAUGAUGAAAAUCAGCAGGUGCCACUACUUUGUGAAGCUGGUGGAAGGUCCUCCUCCUCCCCCAGAGCCACCAAAGACUGGCUUUGACCAAGCAAAGGAAUACGUGCAGCAGCUGCGAAACAGAACCCUUGUUCACACACUGUGACACAAUUUAGUGGCUGUAUAGGUAUCUCUUGUUGGGCAAUGUAAUUAUAUAAGGGAAUAAUUAAAAUCAUAACUAUAUCUUUGGUGCUGCUGGAGCUGGAUGAUGUGAGACAAAGCAUGGGUUUUUUUCUUAUUUGUCAAGUCACGGGUAUAGAAAAAUCUUGGAGCAGCAGAUGUUACUUUUUCUGAGUUACUUGGACAACAGCAUUGAAGCUCGACCCUGGACUGUCAAAUCUAAAACUUAUGGUGCUGUUAUAAAGCUUGGUGUUUCUGUUA